GGGUCCACGGCAGAAUAGCCAUACUGAUUGCGGCGUGUACGUUGUUGCUGCUGCACUCCACCAGGCGUGCUCACUGCCUAUGCCCACGACGUUUCACGUGAGCCAUUGGCGCAUUUUGCUGCACCUAGCGCUGUCAGACUCCAAACUUACAUUGGCAUAUGUGAAGGAUUUCUGCCGAUCUUCAGUGGCUAAGGAGCAGCGAGCCGCUCCGGGCAAUCAGCUAGGACAAAGCCCAAGUUCCUACCUUGUUGAGAUGCAAAAAGUGUUCAAUGGAAUUUGCAGCUUCGAUCGAAUGGCACCCAAGGAGACCGAAGAACGUCUCGGUAUCGUGCUUUCAAAGCUCACUGAAGCCCGCGGACAUUUCGAGGAGGCUCUGAAUGUUCGGCACAUCUCGGAGGAUAUAGACGAGCGGUCUCGGCCAAACCUUACCAAGCUAUUCCCAACCGGCGAACUGGAAUCGCUGGUGCACAAGUUGAGCGCUCAAAUCCAACAUGUCAAGGCGAGGAUGCAUAACCGCAAAGCCCGAGAGCGCGGCUGUCACGCGGCGUAUGAGCUGCAGCAGUUUAUGGACGCGGCGGCUGCCGACCUAAGGCGAGCUAAAGAAGAUCAAGAGCGCCAGAACCGAGAGGCUGAAGCAGCUAGGCAUCAGGUUGAUAUCAUGGUGGACCAGUCUAGGAAAAGGUACAGAGAGAAGCAGGAUUUCGCCCUGGUCCUUGGGUUGUGAUGCCCGAUGAUUAAAGCAGCACUCGCCGUGAUUUACAGAGACAAUAAUAGGAUUACUCCUGA